AUGUCAGAUGAUUCGCAUUUUUCGAGAGGUAAAAUUGAACUUUUUUUUGAAAUUCGAAAAAAAUUUCUCAAAUUUCAGUGCGUAAAAAUUUGCAAAUCGGGGAGGAUUUUAAAUUGGCCUACGAGUUACAAGAAAGGGAAUUUGGGCAGUAAGUUUUCAGAAAUUUUCGAAAAAAAAAUCCACGUGUCAAAAUCCUCUAGCCACUACAAAAACAAUCGCGAAACAAAUGGUCGAUUAGUCAGCGAUUUCAAAAAAAGUUUAGAAGAGCAAAAGCAUUUUGCGGAGCCCUCGAAUUCCGGAGCAAAUUCGAGUCGCGAAGAAGAGGAUCUGAAAUUGGCGCUGAAAAUUCAGGAAAAUUUGGAUCGCGAAGAAUUGUUGAAAAUUGAGCAGAUGAAGGAGGAUCAGAGAUUGGCGUGGAAUUUGGCGACGAAUUUCGGGUUGGCUCAGAAUAAUCCGUUUUUACAUGAUGUGCAAGAGUUUUAUGAGAGGAGAAAAUGA